AUGUCGAAAGUCGAAGAAGAACUGCCGACGACCAUUUCCGAGGAUUUUGGGUUCAAACCUUUAGGACAAAUAGAGCUUUUGCCUGGGUUCAACGAAAACGUUCCCUUUUCGAAGCUUCAUGGGUUGUCCGUUUCUAAUCAAAAAGGGCUUUACGCUGCUGCAGGAGGUGGAAAGGUGGUAGUGGGAGAGCUGCAAAACCUGAGAGAACAAGUUUUACAGGAAACAGACGAAAAGAAAACGUUAAGGUUCAUUUUGGAGGAAACGGCUGAGAACGUUGUUUAUGUUGGUUUUAACGGCACAGCGGAAACAACAGUAAUCUGGAUCACAAGAUCAGGCGUUUUCCAUAGGUUUGAUCUUGCGAAGAAGGAAAUUACUCAGGUCACCAUCAAAAAUGCAGAGUCCGAUGCCAUGUCACAGGUCGCGAAAGUCCAACGUCUGAGCGGCCCCAACGAGUCGUUUCUCGUUCUCUACAACAGUGGAAGACUUUUUGCAGUUACCGAGACUGGGAAUGCUACACUCGCAGCGGAAAACGUUUGCGACUUCGAUGUAGGGAGAGCCAAUUGGGCACUCUUCACACUUGACGGUAGCCUCGAGGUAUAUGAAAAGGGUGAAAUUACAUCUAAAAAGGCUAUUGAGCUGCCAAAUGAGAUCCGGGAUGAAUUGAAUGAGAGUCUUCAGCCGCUUUCCGUAUUGAGUCUCUCGCAAAAUCAAUUUGUCGUAGUUUUGGGCAAUGCAGUUAAUGAGUCCGACGAAGACGCAGAAUACGAUCAAAAGGUUUACGUGGUCAGCAAAAAUGAAAACGAUGAAGUGUCUUUUCGUGAAAGUUUCGAUAUAGCACCUGCCUUUGGAAGCGUGCUCAGAAAGCCAACUUACUACAAGUGCGUCCUCGAUGAUCUAAUGGAAACAAUCCCUCAACUAUACAUCGUCGCAUCUGCCACAUCGCCGGAAAUCACAAUUUUGGAUAAGGAUGAAGUGUUGCAGCCCAAUCAAGAUAGCGACCGCGCGGUUUUACCCAUGAAUCAGGAAACUGACAACGACACAAACCCUAUAGGGCUUGCUGUUGACCUCACUUCUUCUGAGCAGAUUCCCGAGCCUUGUCAAGGUGUUGAAUUUGCAACAAAACUGCCAUUAGUAUUGGUGCUGAAUAAUGAAGGACGCUUAUCCAUCUUUGCAUUGUUUCACAGCUCAGGAAUAAAGAGUCAACAAUUUUCGGCAAAGCUAAGCGACAAAAGCUUAGAGUCAGUUACUAAUUUUGAGCCGCGUAUUUCCUCUGAUGAUUUUGAAGAUCAAAGUAUUAACUUGUCAUCAAGCGCUGACGAAACGACAAUGUCUGCUUCCGAAAACCUCAACAAGGGGGAAGACGAUAAAACUGUGUUUUCUGGCCAACCUGAUAAUCGUUCUACUUUCACCCCCGCGACCAGCACGUUUGGGCAAAGCUCAUCGAGUCAACCGCCUUUCGGUGUAAAACCUGCCGCAUUUGGACAAACUAAUUCAACUAAUUCGGCAUUCAAUUUCGGUACUAAUAGCAAGGAUAGCUCAUCUUCUGCAUUCGGUAACAUAGCAUUUCCAUUUGGCGAAAGUAACAACUCAGCUUUCGGUCAGUCCCCUUUUUCUUUGAAAGUUAAAAAUUCAGGCGAGGACGCCUCGAUUGCCGCGAAGGAUCAAAGCAGUAUCCCAAACUCUACCGCUGGCACGCCAGCUUUCGGAAUGUCUACUUUCGGGCGUCCCAAUUUCGGCACCAAAAUUGGAAGCGAAAAACCGAUAGAGAGUGGUGCCUUCAAAACUCCUUUUUUCUCAGCGCCAUCGAAUUCUUCUUCGCCAUUCAAGAGUGCUUUAGACAAAAACGGAAGCGCUAACCUGAGUCAAGAAUCAGGCUCUGGAACAGGAUUUGCCUCAUUUGCAGCAUCAGGGUCUCCGUUCACAAAUUUGACCAAGAGUUCUUCCCCUUUUGGCACUCCUCCUUUCCCUUCUAAUCCAGACGCUGCGUCGGAUGUAACCCGAAGUCCAUUUGCAUUCGGGACCCAGAAGCUUCCUUCCGGCUCGACACAGUCGCCCUUCUCCCAGCUGAAGAAUUCUUUUGACAAUAAGGCUCCAGGUCCUAGUCCGUUCGCUAGUCUGAACUCUACAGCAUCGGGGGGCAGGGCGGAUUCAAAAGAUGAUGACACUGGAGCAGGAUCCGGCAAAUCAGAUAAAUUUGAUAGUGCGGUACAUCAUGAAGACAGCAAGAGCUUCACUGAAGAAAUUAGUGGGUCCUCCAGUUCUGGCGCCAGUGUUUCUAACGAAAGUGAAAAUAGCGCGUCUGAAGACUCCCGCUCAAACUCAUCCGCGGACGAUAUGACAGGCGGUAUUACUGAAAAGGACGGCAAAGAAUCUAAGCCCUCUACUGGCGAAGCUGCAUCUGAUUUCAGUACUUUAACGGAGAGAAUAAAAAGAGCAGCUGCUAACAACUCUGAGAUUAUUCACGAGCCUUCAAGUGUUGAAGACACGAGGCAGUCGGACCAUCCUGGAACAGCUAGCUCGGCAUUUUCCAAAUACACAGAAACUUUUGGUAAAGGUGCUGCUCCCGCGUUUUCAUUCGCUAGCAUAGGGAAGCAACAAGCCAGCUCAGGCGAUCAUAGUAAUUCUUGGACAAGUGAGAAAAAGGAAGAAGGAAACGAAGAAGAAGAAAAGGCGAGUGGCUUGCAAACCAGUGAAAAUCUUGGAGAUAUCUCGUCAAUUGGCGAUGGCACAAAGACUCUCGCUUCUACGGCUUCGAGUGAAACUGUAACCAGAGAUCCCGAUUUAAGAAAUAAAACAAUAAACGAGACCGAAACCGCAGGGACUUCUCAAGAGGGGCAAGUUGAGGAUGAUGAAGAAAACCAGAGUCCAAAUGAAGGCAGUGAAUCAAAUGUUUUACAAGUGUCAAACCAAGUCGACGACAACAGUGAGAUUAGCAGUGACACAGAUCGUAAAAUCGGGGCUAGUGAGGAAAAAGUGGAAGAAAUCGUCGCGCAGAAAAGCGACAAAGAAUACUCAAGCGCUACUUCAGAUGAAGAUUCUCCUGUAAAUGUUGCAGGUAGCGAAAAAACAGCUAAAAACUCAAGCGCAAGCACGGAAAACGAAUCGUUUGAUGAAUUAGAGGAUCUGAAAGAAGAACUCGAUCAGAUCAAAACUGGAGAAGAAAAGAUUGGUAAGUCAGUAACAAGAGACUCAGCGGUUGAGCCACAUGUAUGGAGUAUUGAUGAGACCAGCCAGACGCAAGAAGUCGAAACAUCUAGCAAUGGAACACAAACACAAAUUCACGUAGAGGAUGCUGCAGUAGCAACCGAUUCAAUCGAACUGAAGGAUAUCGACGUUCAAAGCUUCGAAGAUGAUGAAGCUUAUCAGGCACAGCAGUACAAACCCAAGCCUUCAAGCCCUUUCUACACAGGUGCUAAAUUAGCACCCGUCAAAUCCAAACAUACAAAUGCUACGCUGAAUAGAAUUGAAGUCACUUUCAGCGUAGUUUCUGCGGAAAUUGAUGUCCUGGAAACAAAUUUGAGAAACAUCGGACUUCUCAUGAGCGAUCAAAGCUCAAAACCCUUCGCGAGAACGCGGAAGACGUUAUAUCAAACUUACACAUGGCGCUUGGCGGAGGUUGAAGAACUCAAUUCCAUCGUGGAUAGCUUACUAGCCGAAGCUCAAUCAACUGGCGGGAAAGCCACUGCUCUAUCGUCCGGCACGCAGGGAAUGCGAGAAAAAGAUCUUGAGCAGUUAGAAAAAUACCGUUUUUUCGCUAGACGCCAAUUCAUUCAAUUGCACGAACUUUAUACCGAGAGCAGUUCUGAUGAGAGGGGGUUAACGUUGAAUCAGACGCAAAUGCAACACAAGCUGAGGACCCAGAUUCUGUCUGCUCAAAAACGUGUCCAGAGUAUUGAAGACACCUUAAGACUUUUGAAGUCCCACUUUUCCAAAGACGACAUAACGAAGGCCCCCAUGAUUACAAAAAUUGUUACGGAAAGUAAAAAAAGAGGUGAUCUACUAGAGGCUAUCCAAUUACUGCGAAAAGAAGUGGCGGAAUUAAAAUUGAAGGACAAUGAUUUUUCGAAGCUCUCGGAUGCAGAACGGGCAUCUCAAACCGUCCCAAUCACCGAAAUGAAAUUAAAGUUUGAUACAAAAAGGCAGCUAGGCGAAUUCUUCAAGCGGAAAAACUCAAAUUUAACCUAA